AAAGUAGAAGAAGAAGGGAAAAGAAAACCACGAAGAAGAAUCCCGUUGAGCCUCGUGAAGCGGGAACUGACAGCCGCUAUCAUGGACUGGGGUCAGAGUGAGCUGCCGUCUCCGGUGGUUCGAGAUGACGAGGUGACUGUCGCUGCCCGCAGGAGGAGGACCAAGAAGGUGGCCUUCCCGUCUCCUGGUGGCGGCAGUCCCGUUGCUUCAGCGGUAACACCAGCACGCUCAAUGCUGAGGAACACUCCUGCUUCACUGUUCAGACAGACUGUGACUCCAAGGGUUCCAGAUGUUUCCUCUAUUCUGGCUCCAGGAGGCCGAACACCUCGAUACACACACACGCCCAGACAUGCUCUCAGCAGUAUGAAUCUGGAUGACAGUGAUUGGACCAACAGCAUGUACAUCUCCCCUGUUUAUGGAAACGAGAACACCAGCUUCUUCACAGACGACAUCACCAACCUCAGCUCGGCUCUACUGAAGGAGGACGACCCUGGCGAGGCCGCUGCUGCCAGUCUUUUCCCAGAAUUCCUCGGGUCCUUCCUGAAGCACUCUUCCUCUGCGGUGUUUGAGCUGCUCGAGGAUUUCCAGACACUCUGCCAGGACAAGGUGGACGUGCUGCAGUCUGUGGUUCUCCGAGCGGGUCAGAACAGUAAGACAGCAGGAGUCCGCUGGCUGCUGCAGCAAGAGAACUGCUCCUGGAGACUCAUCACCUCCCUCUACAGGGACCGGGUCCAGUUGGCGCUGGAAGAUGAUAUGAUGACAGACAUGAUUGUUCCCAGUGAGAGUGAGAAGGUCGUAGUGGAGCAGCUUUUCCAGCGCGAUGCCGUCAUACGACAGAGUCAGCUGGUCGUUGAUUGGCUGGAGAGCAUCGCCAAGGAUCAGAUUGGAGAUUUUUCAGAUAAUAUCGAGUACUACGCUAAAAACGUCUGCUGGGAGAACACUCUCCACGCUCUGAAGAUGAGGAGGAAGAGCGGCUCCGCCUUCACGGUCCCGCUGGUCACUGAGCUGGACCCAGACGCUCCGUUCCGGCAGCAGCGACCGCUGGCCGACCUGGACCGAGAGGACGACGCUCGGCUGCUGAAGAACCUGUUUACUCUGAUCAGAGCCGGGAUGACCGAGGAGGCUCAGAGGCUAUGUAAGCGCUGCGGUCAGGCCUGGAGAGCUGCAACUCUGGAGGGCUGGAAACUCUACCACGACCCCAACAGGACCUCAGGGAGCAUCGAGCUGCAGCCUGUUGAAGGAAACCCUCAGAGAGGAAUCUGGAAGGCCUGCUGCUGGAGAAUGGCUGAGGAGGAGCAAUUAAACAGAUACGAACGAGCGAUCUACGCCAGUCUGAGUGGAAACCUAAAGCCGCUGCUGGCGGUGUGUGAGUCGUGGGAGGACUGUGUGUGGGCUCACUUCAGAGUGAUGGUGGACUCUCUGGUGGAGAAGGAUCUGAUGUCAUCAGGGAUGGCUCACCAGGAGGUGGAGACGCUGCCACGAGAAUACCUGGAGGCCAAUUGGACGAUGGAAAAGGUGUUUGAGGAGCUUCAAGCCUCAGAGUUAAAGAGGGUGUUGGAGGAGACAAGAGAGCAUCACCACGUCAUCCAGAAGUUUGUCAUCCUGGGAGAUCUGGACGGUCUUUUGGAGGAGUUUUCUGAUUGGCUGUCAGCCUCUAAGCCCCUCCCCUCCCACCUGCUGCGUUUCAUGACUCACCUGUUGCUCUUCUUCCGCUCCCUGGGUCUGGCUCUGAAGGACGAGGUGUGUGUGGACGUGCUGAAGGCGUACGUCUCCCUUCUGAUCCGGGACCAGCAGACCGACCUGGUGGCCAGCUACGUCAGCCAGCUCCCCGCUGAGGUCGCCACCGUCCAGUACGCCGCUUUCCUGGAGACGGUCACCGAGCCGGAGCUCCGCCCCCGCUGCCUGCAGCUCGCCACGGAUGCUGGUCUGGAUGUUGCUGCAGUCACCAAGCUGGUGGUGGAGACGGUGAGGGAGAGAGAUGAAACAGAGUUUACUCACCACAGCCAGACGCUGGAGACGGGAACUACAAAGGAGGACCUGAGGAAGAUCGACAUCAUCGAUUGGCUGCUGUUUGACCCCGCCCACCGAGCAGAGUGCUUAAAACAGUCCAACGCCAUCAUGAGGAAGUUUCUGGCUCUGCAGAAACACGACGCGGCCAAAUCGGUGUUCUCUAAAGUUCCCGAGGAUUCGAUGAAGGAGAUCUACGACCAGUGGCUGGAGAUGGGUCAGACCAUGCCGCUACCUGCCGAGGACGACAACGCCAUCAGAGAACACCUGUGCAUCAGAGCCUACCUGGAAGCCCACGAGGCGUUCACUGACUGGUUCAGCCACAGCAGCUCCGCCCCUCAGAAACCAGCACCGGCACCUGAGGCCAAAUUCACAGAGAGAGUCGCCAACGAGAUGAGAGAGAAGGAGUACCAGACGUCCCUGUCUGCCUGGUCGUGUCGUCUCGACGUUCUGACUGAAGACGUGAAAGAGAGAAUCUACAACGUGCUGCUGUUCGUAGACGGAGGAUGGAUGAUCGACAACACACAGGAUUCAGAGCCAGAUUCUGAGCGCAGCCACCAGAUGGCGGCGCUGCGCUCCCUGUGUCUGCCUCGCCUCAGCUUCCUGCUGCUCAGCGUGCUGCAGAACUCCAGCAGACACCAGGAGGCGCUGCGGCUCGCUGACAUCAUCUCAUCGGACCAGCACCGCCUCUACCUGGUUUUCUCCAAAGAAGAGCUGAGGAGGUUCCUGCAGAAGUUGAGGGAGUCGUCUCUGGCUCUGUUGGACCGAGGACUCGACCCGCUGGGCUACGAGUUACAGCCAUAACACACACAGAAAUAUAAA